ACAGUUGUUUGGUUCAAAAUGAAGCCUAUUGGCUUAAAGGGCGUCAAGGUUUGUGGGUCCAAGAGCUCUCUUUGCCCGGAGGGUCAGCCAUGUUCAUUAGGCCAGGGUAGGAGGAAAGUCAGGCUUCUGGACGAACGGCCGUAUACUCUUACAAUUGGCAACGGAGACUACUUUUGGGCAAAUAAAGACAUAUUGUGGGAUUAUGUGCAGAGUCUUUCUGAUCAGGGUGCGGAGAGGCACGAAGGGGCCAGUCAGCCGUCUGGGAUCACUGACCAGGAGAAGGAGCUGUCCACCAGCGCUCUCCAGGCGUUCACGGCUGGAAAUUAUGAUGCCUGUCUGCAACACCUUGCCUGCCUACAAGAAGUAAACAAAGAUGAUUACAAAAUAAUUUUGAAUAAAGCAGUGGCUGAGUUUUUUAAAAGUAACCAAAUGACAACAGACAGUUUGAGACAAACACUUAACCAACUGAAGAAUCAGGUCCACUCGGCCGUGGAGGAAAUGGACGGCCUCGAUGACGUGGAGAACAGCAUGCUGUACUACAAUCAGGCCGUCAUUCUGUAUCAUCUGCGACAGCACACGGAAGCCAUCGCGGUGGCCGAAAAGCUUUACCAGUUCAUAGAGCCUUUUGAAGAAAAAUUUGCCCAAGCAGUGUGUUUUUUGCUUGUAGACCUAUAUAUAUUAACCUAUCAAGCUGAGAAAGCUUUGCAUCUUCUUGCUGUCCUAGAAAAAAUGAUUUCACAGGGUAACAAUAACAAAAAUGGGAAGAAUGAGUCUGGUAACAACACCAACAAAGACGCAUCUAAUCAUAAAGCUGAGAGCGGAGCCCUAAUAGAAGCUGCGAAGUCCAAGAUCCAUCAGUAUAAAGUAAGGGCUUACAUCCAGAUGAAGUCCCUGAAAGCGUGCAAAAGGGAAAUCAAGUCCGUCAUGAACACAGCUGGAAACUCUGCACCUUCUCUGUUUCUUAAAAGCAAUUUUGAGUACUUAAGAGGCAAUUAUCGGAAAGCUGUGAAGCUGUUAAAUAGUUCAAACAUCGCUGAGCACCCGGGAUUCAUGAAAACAGGUGAAUGCUUGAGGUGCAUGUUCUGGAAUAAUCUGGGUUGCAUCCACUUUGCCAUGAGCAAGCACAAUUUGGGAAUUUUCUACUUUAAAAAGGCCCUGCAGGAGAAUGACCACGUGUGUGCACAGCUCAGUGCCGGCAGCACUGACCCAGGCAAAAAAUUCUCAGGGCGGCCCAUGUGCACGUUACUAGCCAACAAGAGGUACGAGCUGCUGCACAACUGUGGCAUCCAGCUCCUUCACAUCGGAAGGCCCCUGGCCGCCUUCGAGUGUCUGAUCGAAGCCGUGCAGGUCUACCACGCGAACCCGCGCCUCUGGCUCCGGCUGGCCGAGUGCUGCAUCGCGGCCAACAAGGGCACUGCUGAACAAGAAACUAAAGGCCUUCCGAGUAAGAAAGGAAUUGUACAGUCUAUUGUUGGCCAGGGCUACCAUCGGAAGAUAGUUCUGGCGUCACAGUCUAUACAGAACACUGUGUAUAACGAUGGACAGUCUUCAGCCAUUCCUGUAGCCAGCAUGGAGUUCGCAGCCAUCUGUCUCAGAAAUGCCUUGUUGCUCUUACCGGAGGAACAGCAAGACCCGAAGCUGGAAAAUGGGUCUAAAACUAGUAAUCAGUUAGGUGGGAGCGCGGAGAGCGGUGAGAGCAGCGAAACUUGCAGCAGUAAAAGCCAUGAUGGAGAUAAGUUCAUUCCAGCUCCACCAUCUUCUCCGUUGAGAAAACAGGAAUUAGAAAACUUAAAGUGCUCCAUCCUGGCCUGCAGUGCUUACGUGGCCCUGGCUCUAGGCGAUAACCUCAUGGCCUUGAAUCACGCCGAGAAACUUCUGCAGCAGCCCAAGCUGUCGGGAUCACUGAAGUUUCUGGGCCAUUUAUACGCUGCAGAAGCCCUCAUCUCUCUGGACAGAAUAUCUGAUGCCAUUACUCACCUGAACCCCGAGAAUGUCACUGAUGUUUCCUUGGGGAUCUCUUCAAAUGAACAGGACCAAGGAUCAGACAAAGGUGAAAAUGAAGCAAUGGAAUCCUCUGGGAAGCGGGCCCCUCAGUGCUACCCCAGUUCCGUCACCUCUGCCAGGACCGUGAUGCUGUUCAAUCUCGGCAGCGCCUACUGUCUGAGGAGUGAGUACGACAAAGCCCGGAAGUGUCUCCACCAGGCGGCCUCCAUGAUCCCCCCGAAGGAAGUGCCCCCCGAAGCUAUCUUGCUGGCGGUCUACCUUGAGCUGCAAAACGGGAACGCGCAGCUGGCCCUCCAGAUCAUCAAGAGGAGCCAGCUGCUCCCCGCCGUGAAGGCGCUGUCUGAGCCGAGGAAGAAGCCGGUGGUCCAGCCCGUCCAGCCCGUGCAGAUGCCGGCGUUCACUGCGCAGAGGAAGUGACGUGUUUGCUCAGAAAACUGUUACUUGAGACCCAGGGGAGUAUUUACGGGCCUUUUCGGUUGUACCACAGCAAAAUGAAUAAAAAACAGAUGGUGAAAGGUGCUAGUUUUGAAGACACAAUUUUGAAACGAUUCUAACCCCUGGGUGUUUGUUUUGCCAGAAGCUUACUUAAAAUAAAGGAUUCACAAACUCCUUUUCAUCUGUUUUUCUUUUAAGUUUUGUUAUGUAUCUGUAUCAUAGGCAAUUAAAACAUCUUCUUACCAGAA